UAUGCCUUUGUUCAGAUCAACGGGGACCAGAAGUUGGAAAGCGAGCCUGGAAUAGAGGAGAGUUUAAGAUAAAGAUUUUGGACUUCUUGGACUUUUUUCAAUUUUGAAACACACAAACAAAAAGACUGAACCAUGUGUUCUGGGAAUUUUGCAAGGUGUUUAGGUAUCACCCUCAUUCCUUUAGCUAUCCUUUGCUUUCUCUGCAACAUCCUGCUGCUUUUCCCUGGAGGUAAACCUGCUAAGAGCAAUGAUGAUGUUACAGAUGAAGCCUGGUACUUCGGAGGAAUAAUCGGCUCUGGAGUCUUGAUGAUUUUCCCAGCACUGGUUUUCUUGGGACUGAAAACUAACGAUUGCUGCGGCUGUUGCGGCAAUGAGAGCUGUGGAAAAAGAUGUGCGAUGUUUUUCUCCAUUAUAUUUGCUGCAGUUGGUCUUUUGGGAGCUGGUUAUUCUUUCAUUGUGUCGGCGGUUGCGAUCAAUCGAGGGCCUAAGUGUUUAACAAAUGGCACAUAUCAAUACCCAUUCAGUCAGGGUGACUACCUAUCCAACAAAACGAUGUGGGAUGAAUGCAAGGAGCCUGCAGGCAUUGUGACGUGGCACCUAACACUCUUCUCCAUGCUGUUGAUUAUGGGUUUGGUUCAAAUGGCACUGUGUGCAUUUCAGGUCAUCAACGGCCUGAUCGGCACCAUCUGCGGAGACUGCUGCGGAUGUUGCGGGGGCUCCUGAACUGAAUAAGUCUCCGGAAAAGUGAUGAAAAUUUUGAAGAUAACAGGAAUAUUGAAGAGUUUUUUUUAUCUACAUUUUCCAGAUCUUGUUUUGUUUUUAGAUUUAGUUUUUUUUUUUUUAUUCGUGUCAUACAGACAUUGUUGUACAGGUUUACAGAUGACAGCAUGCCUCUUUUGCCUGAUGGCAUGCCUCAUGAAGGCAAAAGAUUAAUGUGUUAUUUAUAUGCAACGUUUAAUGUUCAUUAUCAAUCACAUUUUAAUGAAAAAAAACUUUGCUUUGCUAAAUAUGUACUAUAAAUUGUUGUAGGAAUCACUUUUUUCACACAAUUGUGUCAUCAAUUAUUGACACAAGGUUUGAUAUUAAAUCUAUUCUUCAAUAAUAAAUUGAUCAACGCUAA